AUCGCAUUAAUGCUUGACAUGAGCUUGAGUAUGUACGACGUAAGUGUUUAUUGUGUUCUGACGAAACAAUAUCAUAGAAGUUUUUUCUAGCAAAUGUGUGAAAUUUGAAGUUGUACGAGUAUGCGAUCGUCUUAUAAAAAUUAGAGCUGAUGCAAGUUCGGUGUGUUAAUAUAUUACGGUACUAACACUAUCAAAAUGAGUGCACCAAUUAUUAUCACAGUUCCUAAUAGUUAUCUGGCGGUGGAUGAUAUGGAGUCUAAAGUCGUGAUCGACGUGGCUCCAAAUCCACCGUCCAGAAAACGAAGACUGGACCAUUUGACAUGGGAAGAAAAAAUGCAAAGAAAGAAGCUGAAGAAUCGUGUAGCGGCUCAAACUUCGAGAGAUCGGAAAAAGGCGAAAAUGGACGAAAUGGAGAGUCGUAUUAAAGAAUGCCUUGAUAUGAACGAGCGGUUAGUCAGUGAAGUUGAGAACUUGAAGGCGAUAAACGAACGUCUGCUCAGCGAGAACGCAACGCUGCGCAGCGAGGCCGCGGCGCGGACCGUCGCGGGUACCCCGAGACCAGCAGAGUCUCAACCUCAGCAGAAGGAGGGGCACCCGACGGCGAUCCGCGCGGCGCGUCUGCUGCUGGCGAUGUGCCUCCUCUCGCAGACCUCCUCGCCCAUCUCGACUCUGAAGAGUACCUCGACACAUUACACCAGCUUGCCGACUCACUUCUCAAAGAAUUUGAUACAAGCCCUGCAGCAGAGAUUGAAGAUAUCAAAGUCGGGGACAGUAGAGAGUGCCCUGAAGGAAAUCAAGUGGUGGGGUCCUCAACAAAGCAACUGGAACCCAGUCAAGGUGGAGUCUUAGAAAGCCUCAAACAUGAUGUUGACAGGAUACUAGCACAGCACUCUUAUGCACAUCCCUACCCCAGCACAGAUGAAGUACAAAUUAAAGAAGAAGACGGUGACAAAGGGGACAUGUUCUACGCAAGUUAUGAAGCUAAUGACUGUGUAACAGUAGAAGUUCCAUGUGACGAUCAAGUUGAAGAAGUGCCCGUGUUUAAUGUGGACACAGAUUUUAAUACAUUAACGAAUAAUUGUUCGGAAAUCUCAAUUGAAUGUGACAUGAAAUUACUAUCACCAAUUACAUUAUCUCCGAAGUCAUUGGAAGAGAACUAUCUCGGAGUUUCGCCUUCGCACACAAGCUUAAGCUCAGAUUUAGGUUAUGAAUCAUUAUCAUCACCGCUCAGUGACCAUGAAACAAUGGACUUAUCAGAUUUUUGGUGUGAAUCUUUCUCAGAAUUAUUUCCAGGCCUAGCGUAGGAGAAAAUUCAGCAUUUUCUCACCAAAGACUGAUUAGUUUGUAAGAAUAUUUACAAAUUAUUGGUUUAAGUAUAAAUGUUAGAUAAGCUUAAAAAAUGAGAAAUAAGUUAAUAUAUAUUUAUUGUUUAAAUAGGCUGCUCUUUCAAAUUAAAUCGGUGAGCAGUGUAGGGAUGUAUAUAAUAAGUGCUGUAAAUAAACAUUGUUCUGUGAAA